AUGGUCAUGUGCUACAUGUAUGACCUCCAUAUUCAACGAAGUCAACCCGGUUACGCCAAUGACUGUUCAAACGCCACAUAUCAAGCAUAUUUCAUUUUUCACGCAACAAUUCCUGAUCGAAACAGCUGUGCAACGCCUAUAAAAUUGUGUCCGAAAGUGGAGCCCAAACAGUUGAAACUAGCUAUCACGAUGAAACUACUUUCGGUGUUGCGAGUGUCCCUCAUUACCACGUUUUACUGCGUUUCCGUAAUUUCGUCGGUUAAAUGCGACGCUCGAACGAGUCAGAAUGAGCCAAUUGCGGAUCCAAAAAGCUCGACAGUAAAUACAUCUCAAGCAGGCAGGGAGAUUCAUAUCAACGACAUUGUUAAACUUUUACGGCUCCUCGAGAAGAACUUUGACCAGCUGACGGCGAGAAAGCAAGUUUCGGAAGUCCUCGGUCCGGACGACGAUUUGAAAAACAAGGUGUCUGGCGACCAUGUUGAUGCGGAACAGAGCUUGCAGAGAUUGUUUCGACGGGCGGCGCCUGACAAUUCGUCUGCGGAUUCUGACUCGUCCAGCAAAAAUCAGGCAGCUGUAAAUGAAACUUCAGACAGCACGAAAAGCAACGCAGACUCUUCGCAAGAACGAAACGUAAAGACCGAUAAUCCGUUUCUAGCGAAUUUGUUUAAAAAUGGAUUUCUGGGCAACGUCGAGGCGGGUUCGCCGCUGCAGCCCGUCAAGCAGAUCUUGGGAUUCCCAAGGAAGUUAUUCGAGCGUGGCAAAAACGUGCUGAACACUGUGAAAGAAAACGCCGAGGGUUUGGCUCCAGUUGGUAUUCACAGAACGCUGAAGCUGGGUCCGUGGUCCGUGAACUUUGACAUGGGGAAACCAUGAUCCGUUAUCGAGUUUCAGACGGGCUUUCUAGUAUAAAGUUCUUUCGAUGUAAGUUUUUUGCUUUAGAACGCGGUUGCAUUUAGCUGAAAUAAACGGAUGAAUUUAUUGCUGGAAAAUCAAGGUU